AUGUCUUGCUGUGGACAACAACAAGGUGAUUUUCAACCAUCGUAUGAUCCAUUACCUGCUAAUAUAUCAUUCUUUUUUGCUGAUGGUGUUCCUGCUCCUACCAGUGGAAUUUAUGAAUUAACACCAGCUCCACCUGGAGGUUUAUCAAGUUUAGGACAACGAGUCAACGCACAAUCGUUAAACGUUGGUAAUCCUAAACCACCUACGAACUCAUCCCCAAACUAA